AUGGCUUCCCCAUCAUCAGAUCAUCAAUACUACCUCGACUCCAGCAAGGAAAUGAGCCCAGAUUCGUUCCAGUGGAUUGAGCCGAUAUCCAUCGAUGAUGAUGACAUAAUGUUUGGCGGAAAGUCGCUGAGCACAUGGUACGAGGAGGACAGAAGCCGUCUUAGCGGCAUGUACUCCGACGAAGAGGAGAGGAGGGGCCGCUCAAGGCACCGGACCUGCUAUUACUCGUCCAGCCACGGCAGCUCCGAUGCGCAACAAUGUUCCAAGAAGAACUGA